AAGCAAACACACCCGGAAGCGAAUGGCGGAACUGUAGGUCUACCUCACGCUUUCAGUCAAGAUUUGGGAUAUUUUUGUUUCUUGGGAGGAGAGAGCCGCGAAGCAGGCAGCCGAUGCCUUCGGUAACAACCGGGAGAAGGCUCCAGAGACACCAUGCGGCCGCUGUGAUCCGCCCGGAGGGAUUGGUACGGUGAAUGGACCGAUGGACAGUCCGUGAUCCAGCUGAGACCAAGUCCUGCCGUUCAGUUUGACACCGACGUAUGGCCCUGCCGCUCAGCUAGCUGAGGGAGACGGCGACCAUGUUUCUGAAAACCUCCUUCACCACUCUGAUUGUGGGGGUGUUUGUGGUGUACGUGCUCCACACCUGCUGGGUGAUGUACGGCAUAGUGUACACGAAACCCUGCGACAGCCCCAAAGGAGGCAACUGCAUCACGCCCUUCCUGGCAGGGAACCCGAAACUACAGUUGAGUAUCUACGCUUCGGUGAAGCCAAACGCAGACGGAGGCCACACUCUGAUUCAUCUGGAGGAGAACUUCAAUGUCAACAGCAAGUUUGAGAGGAUCGUGAACGUCUCACUCCCCAAGAAAACACGUAACAAUGGAACAUUAUAUGCGUUGAUAUUCGUCCAUCAAGCGGGUCUCAGUCCAUGGCAGGACCCACGGCAGGUCCACUUGGUGGCUCAGCUCACCACCUACAUGGUCCCAAAGCCUCCUGAGAUCUCGCUGAUAUCUGGAGAGGAGCAAAAACAGGGGGGGAAACAGGAGGAGCAGAAGAAGAAACGGCGUGACGGUAACCCCGCAGCAGGAACCGCAGCUAAAGGUGGAGCCACCGCCUCGUCGGAUCACCCGGUCUCCCACUGGCGCUCCCGUCUAACUCUCAACAUUGUCGGGGACCACUUCCUGUUUGACAGAGAAUCCCUGCCAAGCGACGUUCACAGAUACCUCAGAGUAUUCCAGAAUGGGAAGAAGAUGGUGUAUCUACCUCUGCUGUUUGUCGACGAGCUCAGCAACAGGGUCAAAGACCUUGUGGAGAUCAACAGCACCUCGACGGAGCUUCCUCUGACCGUCUCCUACGACUCCAUCUCUCUGGGGAGGCUUCGCUUCUGGAUCCACAUGCAGGAUGCUGUGUACUCUCUGCAGCAGUUCGGUUUCACAGAAAAGGAUGCUGAUGAGAUUAAAGGCAUCUUUGUGGACACCAACCUGUACUUCCUGGCUCUGACCUUCUUCGUCGCAGCCUUCCAUCUCCUCUUUGACUUCCUAGCCUUCAAAAAUGACAUCAGCUUUUGGAAGCAGAAGAAAAGCAUGGUGGGAAUGUCCAGCAAAGCAGUGCUGUGGAGAUGUUUCAGCACCAUAGUGAUUUUCCUCUAUUUGUUCGACGAGCAAACGAGCCUUCUUGUACUCAUACCUGCUGGGAUCGGCUCCAUAAUCGAAGUUUGGAAAGUGAAGAAGGCCUUCAAAAUCCAGGUUUUCUGGAAAGGAGCCAAACCAUCAUUCCUGUUUGGGAAAUUAGAUGAAUCCGAGCGGAGAACAGAAGAAUAUGACACUCUGGCCAUGAAGUAUCUUUCAUACCUCCUUUAUCCACUGUGCAUCGGAGGGGCACUGUACGCGCUAAUAUUCCUGCGGUACAAGAGUUGGUACUCGUGGUUAAUCAACAGCUUGGUGAAUGGUGUGUAUGCCUUUGGUUUCCUCUUCAUGCUUCCUCAGCUCUUCGUCAACUACAAGUUGAAGUCUGUGGCUCACCUGCCAUGGAAGGCCUUCAUGUAUAAGGCGUUCAACACCUUUAUUGAUGACGUGUUUGCGUUCAUCAUCACCAUGCCAACGUCCCACAGACUGGCCUGUUUCAGGGACGAUGUGGUGUUCCUCAUUUACCUUUACCAGAGAUGGCUCUACCCAGUGGACAGGACAAGAGUGAAUGAAUAUGGCGUCUCGUAUGACGAGAAGCCCAAAGGCAAAGGGAAGCCUCACAAGGACUAGGCUGAGAGAUGCUUUGGCAGACUUCUACGAGCUGCUGCCUUUGGAUGUCAUCUCGUCGUCUCUUACGUCCACGGAAAUUUUGGCAACGUUUGAAGGUUUAAUUGCUUGCACAUCAUUCCUCACUUGCAGUGACUGCUAAAAACUUGAAAAUCGGUAGGGAGCCGGUGUAUAGCCAGUGUUUGGUUUGUCCAUUCUGGGCUACUGUAGGAACAUGCCAGGGCAUCGUGAUGGACAUGGGGGGAAGGAGAACCAUGUCAUCGGUUGCUGUCUUACUCUAAUUAAAACAUCGAUCAACAUUCAUUUUAAACUAUCGGUCGAUUUCCCCUCCGAGCUACAGACACUUGAACUCGUACUAGCUUCAAACGAGCCGAGCCUAAUGUGCCAGUGUGUUGUAAACGGACCAGAACCAUUGUCGUUCUAGACGUUUUCUCACUCGUGGGUGAUGUAUACAUGAAAAUCAACAAGGGAAAUCUGUGGCGCAAGCAUCAAAACUGUUAUAAAAAAAUUGCGUGGGACUGGAGAAAGGACCGCAUCUAACCGAAACGCUGUGAUAUGACCCAGUACGCUAACGGCUGUAAGAGCUUUGCUAUCAUAUCACUGUACCGGCUGAUAUUCCACCACAACAGUUGUAUCAAAUGGAUUAUGUUUUAUUAUUUUAACAGGUUUAGCAUAUAGACAUUUCUUUGAACUGACCCUGGGAGCCUGUUGCUGGCCACUUUGAGAGAUUACAUAAUAGAGUAAACCCAGCAUCAGCAGAUUCUGAGCCACUGUUCCUUAAUCGUACUUCCAGUUAAAUACAUGCAGUUUUUACAGCAAACAUAAAAAAAGAGAAGGAAAUAUUCAGAAGUUAAAAGUUCAGUACAGAGAACUCAUUUAUGCUUUGACUUGUGUCAAAUCAGGGAUAAAUGCAAAGACGGUCAUUUUAAAACUUUUUAUUGCAAUCUUAAAAACAAAAUCUCGAAUCAAGACUGAAAAUAUCUCUUUAAAUGAGCAAACGUGUCAUUUUUUUUUUAAAGGAAAUCCACUGUAGCUGGUUUAUUGUGAAAGUAACUUGAGCUUCUGUAAAAGCUAAUUGCGAGAUAAACCUUUGAUGCCACGGACAAAUGUAGGAUUUUUCUUUUUAAGUUUCUGAAUAUUAAAGGGAUAAUUCAGAUAAUUCUGUUUUUUUUUUAUUUUUAAAAAGUGGGAUUUAGGGAAAAGGCAGAUCGUUCUGUUUAAAUCUUCAUUUAGCAUAAAUCCAGAUUUACUAGUCCUGAAGCUGAAGCUAACUGCUAGUCCAGGAUGGACCAAGACCAAAUCCGACUUCCAACAUCCUAAAAAAACUACAAUCUUUAAGCUUCAUACACUCAAAGGGAACCAGAGCCACUGGCUGCUUUAAUUUGAUUUCUUUUCUAGUAACCAUUACAUAGUUGUUUGUUUUUAAACUAACAAACACCAUUUUUUAUUUGUGAACUGUAAAUGAAAUGUUAACAACUGAUUUGGUUUACUUUUUUUGAGUGUUGUAGUUUGUGUAAAUGCUACCUUUAUGAACUGUUAAACCAUCAUCGGGUUCCCUUUGGCCGGUUUUUACACAGGGGAUGGCGGUUGGAGGCAGUGCUGUCUAAUAUUAGCUGUCUAAUAUGAAAUUAAAGCUGUUUAAAAAGCUGAAAUAUUGUUGCGGCUUAUAUAAAAGCCGUUUUCUUUUAGGUAGCCUGACUGGAGACAGUUAACGUCUCAGCAUGCGUUUCACAGGGGAAGAUAACUGGAGCGGCACCGCCUUCUACCUCCAUUUCCUAUUUAGUGUCAGGCAAACAUGACAACAGUUUACAAGUUUGUAAAAUGGCAUUCACAUAAACUGCUGAAAUACUUUAGGACUCACAUUCGGUUAAGAUGUCAGAAGUGCACUUUGGUGGACUACUGCCUCUGAGGCCCACAGAUCUGGAUCUACACUAAAUAAAGCUACCAAUGGGGUUCUUUCCUGCAGGUAAAAUAACAGCUUAUAGUUUUUUAACUGAGCCUCACUUCAACAACACUGAACUGUCCCUUUAAGGUUGUAAGGUUCAUUAAUGUGUGAAGUUGGGUUUAUAUGGGGGUUUUUUUCUUGUCCAUUGGGUAUGUUUGGUUUUAUUUUGCUGUAACACAUGAGGGUACACUGACAUUAAUAGUUUUUUCUUUUGUCUUUUGACUUUUUAAUUAUCUUUUUUUUUUUUUUUUUUGCUACACGUCAGGGCCAAGGAAAUAUUUGUGCCAAAUCUACGAGUGAUUCUUUGAACGGUUUGUGAGCAACGAAUUUCCCCCAUGCAAUGUUUUUGUUAGGUACUGACGUCGGUGGUAAAGCUAAGGGAAAGUAUUAUCCUUCUGGACCUAAACCGUCAUGAUUUUAAUUCUUAUUUCUGUUGUGCUUAUUGUAAAUGUUCCUUUUAAAGUCUCUAUUGGGAAUCAGUUUAUUCAUUGCUCAGAUAUGAGAUUUGUAAAGGAAGAAAGUAAAAAAAAUAAAAAUAAAAAAUCUGUUCCAAGCUAAAUGCAGUCAGAACAGGUUUUCAGGAAUUUUGCCUUGAAAUUGUUUGAAUCUGUUGUUAACGUUUGUGUUUUUAAUUGAAAUGUAAUAAAGAAGGCUGAAAUCAUUUA